AAGACUGGGGAUCCUCUGUCAAGGACUAAGAGUGUAAUUUGCCAUUAGCUGUGACAUAGAAUAAUGCUGUUGCUUAAAAGAUACAAAGGGACAAAAUAAAGCAAACUAUUUAAGUUAUUUACUAGAUGGGAACAUGCUAUAUAGAGAUUUUACCAAUGUGACAGUGAGAGAGAGAGACUCCAUGAUAAAUGGCUAAACUAAUCAAUUUAAGCUCCUGUUUCUGGUCUGUACAAAUGCUGUUUUGCCAUCCUGAUUUACAGUUAUGCAGGUAAAUCAAUAUGCAAACAUUUUUUAAUUGUUUUUUUAUAAAAUUUUGUAAAACUAUCUACGAACACCACAAAAUAGACAACGUUAUAUUAACAAUAGCAAACAUAAAGACAUGUAUGUACAAAAAUAAGAAUGCAUAAGUAAAAUAAUAUAUAAUUAUUACAAUAAAAUUACUAAUUAUUUGUUAAUAAAUUGCAUAAAGUGCUGUACUGGAUUAGAUUGAUGCUGAAUACAAAUCUGGCUCAUAGAAGGGAGAAAUAAGGGUCUAAGUGUAUAUGCAUUAAUUUAUAAUAAACAUACAGUGAAACUAUUUGCACAUGAAAACAGUCCUCUCCACUGGUUAGUCUACUUCACACUUUCAUUUAACUUACUCAAUAGUGUCACAUAUAGAGUGCAUUUAUAGUUCAUCUAGCAGAUGCUUUUAAAAGUGAUCAAAAAGAACAAGAAUAAGACUGUUUUCAGUUUCGAGACACAUUCUGCAGCAAUGUCACCUCUUUCAGCCAGAAUGUUCAGUGUUUUAGCAUUGUAACCUAACAUGGAAGAUAUAAGGGGAAUUAAUGUAAAAGUUUUGAAAUCUGACAUUAAAAACUCAUAUUUAUCGGUAGUUAUUCUGAUAAUUUGAGGGAACUGUCCUCUUCAAUGUUUAUGGAGAUUAUAGUCCUGUUUUAGCACUGGAUCAUGUAUUAACAUUUAAACAAAUGUCCAUACUCCUACACACCUUUGUAUACAUCACGUUUGUAAGACUGGAUGCACAACAAGAUACAAUCAGAAAAAAGUGCUUUGCAUUUGUAUAUCUCACAAUGAAAAGAGUCCAUUUUGGUGGAUCCCAGUGAAGUAAUGCAAAUUCAAAUUCCAUCGAAUAACAUUUACUGUAAUAUUCAUCAUCAUCUGUGGCAUUUAGUAGGCUAACUCCUGUUUUAUACUAAAGUUGAAAAUAUUAUUCUAGAUUUUCAUUUGUUAAACCUCUUCAGUAAUGCACAAUUAAAAAUAAGCAUCAUAUUGCUUAAAAUACUGAAAUAUAUAUUUGCACUGUUGCAUUUGACUUUAUAUUAGCCAAGUGAGAAAAAAAAUGCAUUUGUAAGAAACCACAGAGGUAUAGAUAAAUUGUGGUCUAACGCGGCAGACUAACUUUUGCCGAGUUCACUACCACCAAACAUAAGUGAUACUCACAUACUUAUCAUCCAGGAACCUUACAAAGACACAGGACACUUUAGAAGGUUCCUGUUGCUCAACAUUACUUUCAAUGAACACAAAUAGUCAAAUAUAUAAGCAACUAUAUAAUCUGUUAACCACAGGGAGUAUAUUAAUGGGUGUGCAUGAGUUAUUUCAUGCUUAAAACAGUCACACACACACAUUAUAUGUCAUAAACAACUACAACGUUUUACUAUUUAGCCUAAGGUUUAGACCUACCUGCCCUGCCACUAAGUAUCAUAGGAAGUUAUGGUCUUCAUUAUGGUAGUAUUUGAUAUCAACAAAUUGUUACAUUUGUGCAACAUCUGCCUGGAAAGAAACCCUGAUGUGAAACAGAGACAACCUUAACAGUAAUUAUCUGACUCGUACUGCUUACUGAUGCCGAUACGAACUGUGUUUCCCCUUCCUUUGUAUCACAGUGCAACAUUGAUGCAACUUCCCUGUGUCAAGUCUUAUAAGUCAUUACCCUUUGAAUAAGCUGUCGAGCUUUCAUUGUAAACAAGGCUGCUAAAAAAUUCCUGAUAUACCAAAGCCACACCAUUAUCAUCCUGGUGUUUAAAAGUACGUUUAAAACGGCAGUGACAGUCGCAACAUAAUGUGCCGAUAAUGUUAAUACUUGUCACAGUUUUCAUGUUGAACUUUUAGUGACAAGCUAUUAAAGGUGUCAGAAGUGGCAUUGGUAGCAGAAGAAGAAACCAGGAAAUGCUUGCAUGGUGUUUAAAAUAGGCAGUUCAGUUUCUCUACCACAGAACACAGACGACUCAGCAUUUAACGACUAUGUGAGAGAAGCUUAUUGCGGAGGCACUGAAAGUAAAGCGGAACAGAACUAACUAAGAUGUUGUUUUAAAGGACACUGAGAUACAGUACACCUCAGAUAUAAAAGAACAUGCCAGACAGCAUUCUGGAGGAGAUUUUUGUAAAACGGUCCCAGCAGAAAAAGAAGACCUCACCUUUAAACUUCAAAGAAAGGCUGUUUGUACUCACGCAGGACAAGAUAUCCUACUACGACUAUGAUGCUGAAAAAGGGAAGAGGAAAGGCCUGAAAGGUUAUGUGGACACUGAAAAGAUCAAAUGUGUGGAGAUUGUUUUACCAGAAGACAGCGCACCUCCUGACCGACUUUAUCCAUUUCAGAUAAUCUAUGAUGAAGGUCCUCUUUAUGUAUUUGCUAAGUCGGAUCAAAUUCGCAAGCAAUGGUUAAACGAGUUAAAAAAUGUGGUGCAAUCCAACAAGGACCUUAUGCAGAAGUAUCACCCGUGCUUCUGGGAGGAUGGCAUAUGGAAGUGUUGCCAGCAGGAGAUGAAGCAGGCAAUGGGCUGCAGGGUGCUGGAGACCAAAAAUGGAGGGUUUUUCAAAAGGGGGUCGAAGUAUCGUGAUUCCAGGAAGCCUCUCCCACCAACACCCGAGGAGGAAAAGCUGCCCAGGCCUCUGCCCCCCCAGCCUCCCAUGCUUACACCGGACUUCAGUGUGGGCAUGACUGUUGUAGCUGAAUAUGAGUAUGCACCAAUGACUCCCCAAGACUUGGAGCUGAGAAAGGAUGAGGAAUACACACUCUUAGAAAUCAGCGAUCCCAAUUGGUUUAAAGCUAGAGAUAAAUACGGAAAUGAAGGAUACAUCCCAAGUAACUACAUUGCUCAGGCCUUAAAUGGAUUGGAGAAAUAUGAUUGGUACUGUAAGAACAUAAACCGCAGCCAGGCAGAGAAUUUGCUCAGAACAGAAAAUAAAGAUGGUGGUUUUUUGGUGAGAGACUCUGGCAGAUUCACUGGAAAAUACACUGUCUCUGUGUUCACCAAGGCUGGUGGGGAGACUGCUGGCAGCUGCAGACACUACAACAUAUGCGUCACCGCAGACGGCCAGUUCUAUUUAGCGGAGAAGCACAACUUCAGCAGUAUCCCAGAACUUAUUAAUUACCACCAGCAUAAUGCAGCAGGUCUGGUGAGCAGACUAAAAUACAUUGUGUCAGAUCGGGCUCGGAAUGCUCCCUGCACGGCUGGUCUGGGUUAUGGAAGUUGGGAGAUAGAUCCUCGUCAGCUUACAUUUAUCAGAGAGCUUGGUAAUGGUCAGUUUGGAGUGGUAAAAUAUGGUAAAUGGCAAGGCCGUCAUGACGUGGCCAUCAAAAUGGUUAAAGAGGGCUCAAUGUCAGAAGAUGACUUCAUUGAAGAGGCCAAGGUCAUGAUGAAACUGUGUCACGGAAACCUGGUGCAGCUCUAUGGCGUCUGCACAAAACAAAGGCCCAUCUACAUAGUCACAGAAUAUCUCGCCAAUGGAUGUCUGCUGAAUUACUUACGGGAUGUUCUGCAGCACCCAUCGAGUAUUCUGCUCCUUGAGAUGUGUAAAGAUGUCAGCGAGGGCAUGGCCUACUUGGAGGCCAAUCAGUACAUCCACAGGGACCUGGCUGCCAGGAAUUGUUUAGUAGACUCAAAUGGAACCAUUAAAGUGACUGAUUUUGGUUUGUCCAGGUAUGUUCUGGAUGAUGAAUACACCAGCUCCGUAGGUUCAAAGUUUCCAGUGCGCUGGUCACCUCCUGAAGUCCUCCUUUUCUGCAAGUUCAGCAGCAAGUCAGAUAUCUGGGCAUUUGGUGUUUUGAUGUGGGAGGUAUACACUUUGGGCAGAAUGCCAUACGAUCGGUGGAACAACACAGAGAUAGUAGAGAAAAUUACUGCAGGUCAUCGGCUUUACCGCCCACAACUGGCCAAUGAGAAAGUUUAUUCCAUUAUGAACAUCUGUUGGCACGAGAGACCAGAGGAGCGGCCCACAUUCAUUGAUCUUGUCAUGACCAUCAAGGACUUGCUUUUCAAUAUGUAAUAGACACAACUACUGUGCAUCCUUUAAGGACAUUAAGGACACAGCCCAUCAGAUGCAAUAGUCUUGUGUAUGGAAUAGCAAGAAUCAUUAUCAUUAUCAGUCUUGAAGGACCUCCUUACUUUCUUUCAUCUAAGGAACCCAAUAAAAUAUAUUAGUAUGAGUUUAAAAUGUUACAAGAAAAAAAAAGGAGAUUGGAAUGUGAUUUCUCAUGUAACAUGUCUCAUGUCUCUACUUACAUUUUCCUUAAACCUUUGAAAUAUUAUGAAAUUCCUAAAUUUCAUAUCUAAAUAGCUGCUCUUUAAUAUUAUUAAAAUUAUUCAUAAUAACCAGCAGCAACAAAAAUACAAAUAAAAAUGGAUGACUGUAAUUAACAUGUACAUAUAAAUAAUGACUGGGUAUUG